AUGGGAAGCAAAGCGAAGUUUGAAACAAUCUCGUUUGAAGAGAGAGUGCUAUCGGAUACCGUUGACUCGAGUGACACCGCCAAGGAUAACAAAGUAUCAGUUCGCAAACGCCGUCUGUCCAAGCACAGCAGGGAAAAUAGCAGCACCAAGCCACCUCUCCAAACGCACUUUUCGCCGAUAGUUGAAGAGCUCAACUUUGAAUCCGGCGGUGGUGGGUCCUCGAAAAACAAACACUCGGUGUUUACCAGGAUUUUGUUUCGAUUUCGAAGCAAAAAGUCUGGUGAAAAAGUCGGCAAGUCCAAGCCCAUACCAAACAAAUGCCAAACGGUGCAUGGCGUGGGUAACAACAACCACCACCACCACCACCAAAACAACAACAACAACAACGUCACUUCAGUUUCAUGGGUGCGGAAAUUCAGCAAAAACAGAACGGUGUCGGUUUUCCACCCAUUCUCCAACUUUCACUUUGAUUCGUCCUUGGAUGAACUGAACGAUGUUCCUUCCCCGCGACUCCUCGACUUGGCAUCGCCGCCAAGCAUCAAGCCCAUGCGAACCAUUGAGUCGGUGCAAGAGAGCGUCCACAUGGUCGGCGAGAGCACAGACACCAAUACGAGAGAAACAAGCUUCUUGCCCAUUGAUGAAUGCGACGAAAACGUCAAGGGCAAUUACCAAUCGAGCUUGAAGGCCUUGUACGAGAAUAGCUUCUUCAAGUACGGCGCGCGGCAGCCGAUUGAGUACGACAACUCCCAGAUCACCGACGAGACGCUAGACCCGACCAAGCUCAGCGGAAUAAGCUAA